AUGAAAGGCUUCAGGCAGAGGGUGCACGAACAGCUCGCGAGAGCCAAAUCUGACAAGUCUACUUCCAAAAAGAAGGACUCCAACAACGGCACGUCAUCUCCCUCGCAUGGCGCCUCGAGCUCGCCCUCAGGAUCUGCACACGCUACACCCACAUCUUCUCAGACACAAUUGACGGAUGCUCGCAACAAGCCGCUCCCCUCUGGUGACGGCGCAACAGGGAGUACAGGCUCCUUACAACCAGGCCAGCCGGGCGUGCCGAGCUCUCUCGGUGCAGGCUCAUCAUUCGGUGGACAGCAGGGCACGGGAAACUUCGGUGGUGCUAGUAGCGCCGCUGCCUCAGGUUCUGGUACACCCCACAGAGCAGGUCAGCCAUUAGCGCCUAGUGUUAUCAUCAGUCCCAGCGCUCCUCAUAUCCCGGCCCCGGGCGCAGCAGAGACCAUGCCGGGCGACCUCCUACCCCCGAAGGCGGGUCAGAAAUCGUUGAUCUUCGAUCGUCUGCAGACUACACCCAAGGACAAUGUAGAAGGCAUUCGAACGCCUAAGCGUCAACAUUCGUCGCGUUUUGACAUUUCGGACCAGCGCCAAAGAGAGCUGGAGAAACUGCCAGGGUUCCACGAGGUGCCGCCCAACAAGCGCGAGGAGCUGUUCAUGCAGAAGCUCGAUCAGUGCAAUAUCAUCUUCGACUUUAAUGACGCGAGCGGUGAUAUGAAGUCGAAGGAAAUCAAGCGCCUGGCGCUACACGAAUUGCUAGACUACGUUGCGAACAACCGCCAGGUCAUCACUGAGCGAAUGUAUCCCCGUGUUGUCGAGAUGUUCGCAAAGAACUUGUUUCGACCCAUUCCGCCGCCCAUGAACCCGCAAGGAGAAGCCUUCGAUCCUGAAGAAGACGAACCCGUGUUGGAAGUUGCGUGGCCCCACAUCCAGGUGGUGUAUGAAUUCUUCCUCCGCUUCAUAGAGAGUCAAGACUUCAACACCAAUAUCGCGAAAGCCUACAUCGACCAUAGCUUUGUCCUGAAUCUACUCGAACUGUUCGACUCAGAAGACCCAAGAGAACGUGAUUUUCUGAAGACCACACUUCACAGAAUAUACGGCAAAUUCCUUAAUCUCCGCUCGUAUAUUCGUCGGUCCAUCAACAACGUUUUCUUCCAAUUCAGCUAUGAGACUGAGCGUUUCAACGGCAUAGCUGAGCUGCUUGAGAUUCUCGGUUCGAUUAUUAACGGAUUUGCUCUACCCUUGAAAGAGGAGCACAAGUUGUUCCUUACGCGCGUGUUGCUGCCCAUGCACAAGGUGAAGAGCCUUAGUAUGUAUCACCCGCAGUUGGCGUAUUGCAUCGUACAGUUUUUGGAGAAAGAUGCAGCAUUGACCGAAGAGGUGGUUUUGGGUCUCCUACGAUACUGGCCCAAGGUCAACAGCACCAAGGAGGUCAUGUUUCUAAACGAAGUGGAAGACAUUUUCGAGGUCAUGGAUCCCGCCGAGUUUGCCAAGGUCCAAGAACCACUCUUCAACCAACUGGCCAAGUCCGUUGCAAGUCCACAUUUCCAGGUCGCUGAACGAGCGCUUUACUUCUGGAACAACGAGUACUUUUGCAACCUCGUCAGUGACAACGUGGAGGUCAUUUUGCCCAUCAUGUUUGCACCAUUGUACGAGAACUCGAAAGGACACUGGAACAGGACAAUCCACGGCAUGGUGUAUAAUGCCAUGAAAUUGUUCAUGGAGGUAAAUCCGCAGCUGUUUGAUGAUUGCUCGCAUGACUAUGCCGAAUCACAGAAUAACGCCAGCGAGCGUGAACGAAGUCGACAGAGCCGAUGGGAAAAACUCGAAAAACUCGCAGAAGCCAGGAAGAACGGCGACGUGGUAGACAACAAGGUCGCUUCGAAAGUAGGCUCCCCUAUGCGGUUAGAUGAAUCAGAUCCCCUACGAAUGGAAGCGCUUCGGCUGCAGGACGAUGCCAAAGACCGGCGGCCAAAGGAGUUUGAACGGCAGGGCAGCCAGACUUCGGUACGUUGA